CUCUGUGCGCUCGGCAGCCUCCCUGCGCAGGAGGAGGAGGAGGAGUUUCUCUUUGCAAAGCGAAAGCAGCUCUGCUACUGGGCGAUGCAAACAACCACCUCUGUGUCGCUCAUCUUCCUCCCACUCCGGAGAGGCCACAUUUAGGGUCGGGGUCGCGUUUGGCAGCUCUUCCCGACCAGCUGCUAAAUGCUCUCUGAGCAUCACAUGGAGCCAUGGGUAGGAAGCGACUCAUCACAGACUCAUUCCAAGUGGUGAAGAAGAGGAAAAGAAGGAGUAAAGAAAGAAAGGAAUGUCAAAUCCCAACCCACGACACAGCCCAAGCAGAAUCUUCCUUGCAAGAUGCUGCACAGCCAGACCAAGUGGAGUUAUUGAAGCAUUUUGACCUCAGCUGGGAAUAUGGUCCUUGCACAGGAAUCACCCGUUGGCAGCGCUGGGAGAGAGCAGAGUUGUUGGGUCUUCAUCCCCCUGUCACCGUGAGGGAACUACUGCUGAAGUACAGUAAGGACCCCCUUGUUAUACACAGCGUGUGGUAUGAAUACUCCCUCUGAGAAGAGCAAAUGGUGGUUUCCUGGGCCACAGAGGAGCUCCUGCUAGUUUGGCAUGAUCGCUUUAUGGAGAAUUCCUUCAUUCCUAUAUUGUUUUGUGGUGGGAGGCCAGGGCCAUGGAAGAACAUCAAGAAUUCCUGCUGAUCUCGUCAUGGAUCUGUCUUCAGCCUACAUGUCUACAAUCAGACCAGGCUUAUACCAAAAAUAGCUUUGCCACUUUGAAGAAUAAGAGUUUGUUGUAUUGUUAAUGUGGCCUAUGCCAAGUUAAAAUACUGUUUGUGACUGAUGAGUCUCAGUUUGCUGUGGCAGACAAAUCAACCUCAGAGCCAGGUUAAAUAGCCCUUAAAUUCAGACUAGAUCCACUAUUUUCCUAUUGUUUUAUUGCAUUUUAAAAUCCAAUUCAUUUUUGUAAAUAUCCUUGGCUAUAUAGUAAAGCUGAUUGCUCCAAAA